AUGGCAAGUCGAGGAGUGUCGAGGAAAGAUAAGCCCAAUGGAAGACACCAUGGCUUAACACAGCAAAAGAGACAGGAGAUAAGAGAGGCCUUCGAAUUGUUAGAUACUGACAACUCUGGCACUAUUGAUGCUAAGGAACUGAACGUUGCAAUGAGGGCCCUUGGUUUUGAAGCAACAGAAGAGGAAAUAAAUAGAAUGAUUGUAGAAGUUGACAAAGAUUGUAGUGGUGCCAUAGACUUUGAUGAAUUUUUGCAUAUGAUGAUUGCUAAGAUUGGAGAAAGGGACAACAAAGAGGAACUUAUGAAAGCAUUUCAAAUCAUUGACCAAGAUAAAAAAUGGAAAAAUUUCCAUGGCGGACAUCCAACGCAUCGCUCGUGA